AUGGACGACUUUGCCAGUGACACCGACAGCGACUACACAAGCUACUGGCGGGACUGGUUCAUCUCGUCUCGUGGAAAUGAAUACUUCUGCGAGAUCGACGAAGACUACUUGACGGACCGCUUCAACCUGACUGGGCUCAAUACGGAAGUACAGUACUACCAAUACGCCCUCGAUCUCGUCACGGAUGUCUUCGACAUGGAAGUUGAUGACGACAUGCGCGAACAAAUUGAGAAGAGUGCGCGGCAUCUCUAUGGCCUUGUGCACGCCCGAUAUGUGGUGACUACGCGCGGUCUGGCUAAGAUGAUGGAGAAAUACAAGCAAGGAGUCUUUGGAAAGUGCCCUCGAGUGAUAUGCGAAUCUCAGCAUUUACUCCCGAUGGGACAGCACGACAUACCGAACAUGUCCAACGUCAAGCUCUACUGCGCCAGGUGCGAAGACAUAUACAACCCGAAGUCAUCUCGGCACAACUCGAUAGACGGCGCCUAUUUUGGCACCAGCUUUCACAACAUCUUGUUCCAGGUAUAUCCGGCGUUGAUGCCACAAAAGACUCAGCGGCGCUACGAACCACGGAUAUAUGGCUUCCGUGUUCAUGCCAGUGCAGCAUUAAUGCGGUGGCAAGAAGAAGAACGUGAGAAGAUGAAGGACCGGCUACGGAAGAGAGCUAUCGAGACCGGGUUCGAGGAGGAAGACGAGGGCGAGGAAGAACUGGAGAGCGAGGAGGAUGAGAUCGACGAGGAGCAAGACGGCAUCGACGACAUGUUUGAAGGCCAGCCUAUGCAGGCAGUAUAG